AUUCGACGCACACCGCUUUUUUCCCGUAGGUUGCCUUGCAACGCAACGUGUCAAACUGACAAUGCGCCAAGAAACUGUUCGGCCCCAUCCACUAACGCUCCCAUAUCUUUAUUAAAUGUUAAUCUGAUCGGUUUCCCAACAAACUCAAGAAAAAAUAACCACAAUCAAUCAAUUCAUCAUCAAAUGGCAGACAUAGGGUUCCUCUUACAAAAUUCGACGAAGAAGAUCCUGUCGUUGAUGAAGACGCUUCCCGAUGGGAAUAAGAUAGCCGCGAACCUCGCAAAACCCGGUUCCUCUCAAGAAUCUUCAAGGAAGAAGCGCUUCAAUCAUCAUCCUCGACGGAUCGAGCAGCAGAAGACGGAAUCGGUCGGCGAUAUGCAUCCUCUGCUGGUGAUCAAGAAACCGCCGGAGUCUUCGGUCCUGACGGAUUCCUCCGAUGAGUAUUGUGAUGUAACUAUUAGGCAAGAGGUGGAGGAUCGCAUCGACGAUGAUUGUUUCGAUUACUCCUUUGAAGACAGCAUAAUAAGCGCGGUGCAGCAAACUCUCAACAUGCAGAGCAAUAGGAAAAUGGAGGAGAAGGAUAUAAAAAACGCUGUUAAUAGCCAAAGCGAGGCCGAGAAUAAACUAGAUACCAACAAGUCGGAGAUUUGCGCGAAGAAAGAUAGGGAACCGAAACAACCUAAGGAAGUUCUCAGGCUCUAUUUGAAUAUGAAAGUCCGGAGUAUAAUCGAGAAAAGUCUUCAAACUUUAGAGGAUGUUAGGCUAGUAUUGGAAUUCGGAAUUGACCCUCCGGACGGCGCCGAAGACUACGCGCGAAGAAAGAAACGCGCAUUGGAGUUCGCAUCCCGUUUUUCCAGAAUACACCUCUACCAAUUGAAUAGACACAUUACCGAUAUCCAAAAUAUGCUCCGGCCUCCAUCCGCAAGAACCGGUGUCCGCAACGCCAAUAACAUCGAUCUCAACCAAAAGUUCCUCACGGCGAACCAAACCAUUUUUCAAGGAUUACAAGCGUACAAGAAACAUCUUCCCAAUACCAUCGUUGUCGGAGUUCCCGAUAAACUCAGAGACCUUCUAAAAAGCACAGGAGUUCUCUGUGAUAUCUUUAGAAAUCAUGCUGCUGAAGGCGAUGAUAUUAUUGAUGUGCUUGAAGUCAGGUGUAAUUUACUAUUGGAAAGGCUCCAAGAGAAUUUGCAAGGAUCGGUGGGUUUACCUGUUGGCUCGAACGUUUCACUUUCCGGUAAAAGGAUGCCCAAAGUCCGGUCGAAGCACAGUAAAUUAUCCAUGUACCAAUCCGCGCCUCAGAAGGACUUGUAUUGGAGGAAGGCAAUCGCGACUCUUGCUAGAAAAAAGUUUAACGUGCAAUCGCGUUACAAGACUGCUACUUACAAGCAUCGACCGCAACCCGUGGAGAAGAAGUGUCCGACGCCUGUUCUUUCUGGACAACAAACAGCUCUACAAAAAACGUUGCUAAAGACGAACACUCCUGCCUCGAAAUGCAGAUCCGCAAAGCAGAAUGUGAACGAUAUCGAUAACGUCGAGACUAUAGUUCAGAUGCAGGAUGCAAAUGUUAAAGAUACCAAAGAGAACUCGGCGAUGUGGAAGCUCGCGCAAGGAUUCUUUAAGAAAAUUGCUAAAGAUAAUCAGCCUAUGUCGCAAGGCGAGUACGAGUGCAUUCUGGAGCAUUUCAUCAACAUGGUUAAGACGGAGGAAGGGGAGCAGCAUCAUGAAAAUAUAGAGGAAAGGGCCAAAGGGAUAUUAGAAACGCGCCUGGGAAAGUCCAUAGAGAAUAUGGAGUUUAAGGAGUUCGUCGAUAAAUUAAUAGAGUGCGCCAAUUCGGAAAUCCAAUCGGCCUUCCUGACCGACAACACUACGACUCACAAGAAGGAAGAAUUAACCGCACCGUUGAGCGCCAAGUCUUCGUCAACUGCGAGCAAGGAUAAGCGGAAAACGCUGUCGGUCAGUGGUUCGAAAAACGCUCAAUUGAUCUGCAUUAAGGAUGAUAACUCGACGGUGGAGGUGUCGGAGGAUGAAGUGAACGUGGUGAAGAGCGCCUCAAAAGGUUGCUCGUUGAAUGAUAGCAGUAAUGAGUUGCUUUACAAGGAACGUCCUGAAGACUUCACCAAGAAGUCGAGAUCGCAGGGCUUGAACAGGAUAUCGAAGUCUAAGAUGAAUCUAAGGCAACUGGUCAUGCUUCCAAAGGACACCGUCGUCAAUAUCAUUGAGUACAAAUUGGAUUUCCACAAAGAAACGAAAGGCAACUACAUGUAUAGAAAAUCCGGAAAUAUGUCACCCUGGAUCCUGAUGGAAAGGAUUGCUGAUAUGUUAAUGGAAGAGUCGCUGUAUUCCAUAGCGAGGGAUAUACAGGUGGACGAAAUCCUUCAGAAGGUUUACGCGCAGGAGUUUAAGUAA